AUGGCCUUUCUCGUAUCGCCACACCUGCAGGAGAAGGAUUUGCUGACCAGCGAGUCUUUUGACUGUUACGACGCGUUCGGUCACGGCACCUUUCAGAAGCGGCUAAUGCUGCUCUGCGCUCUCGGCGCUUUUCUGGCGAACAGCCACGCCUUGGCGUUUCCGCUGAUAUCGAGAGGCGUGGAGUUCAAAUGCAAGCAGCCGUUGCCGUACUUGAACAUUUCGGCAGCCGCCUCCGAAGACGGAGCGCAGUUGGGCCGAUGCCUCGCCUAUGAGAACCCGGCGGAACCAAACAACUCGCGGACGGUGCCCUGCCGCGAGUGGGAUUACGACGACGUACGGGCGGAGACGACCGUCGUGAGUGCGUGGAACCUGGUCUGCCAGAGAAAGCUGCUGAUCGCCGGCAUGUCUGCUAUUCAAAACGCGGGCGCGGCAAUAUUCGUCCUGGUGGCUGGAUACGUGGCGGACAGCGUCGGCCGAGUGCCCGUUCUUGUAGCGGCGACGGUGGUGCUCAUGGUCUCCACAGCUUCGAGCUGCCUUUCCGGCGACUACGUGACGCAUGCGGCUCUCAAGUUCUUCAGCGCCGGAAGCUCCACCUUGACCAUGGCCUUCUCGGCCAUCUCCCUCUUCGAGGUCACCACGCACGACAACCGACCGCUGCACAUAGCCGUCAGCGGCACGCUGGGUUUAUUGGCUUCCGACGUCUUGUAUUUCUUCCUGCUGCAGUUGGACUUCAGGUGGGAACUCAAGCUGGCCGCCUUCCUCCUGCCGGCCAUGAUGCUGCUGCCAGCCUACCUCACCAUCUACGAGUCCCCGCGUUGGCUAGUCGCUAAGGGGCAGUACGCGAGAGUGGAAAGCGUCGUAUUUGCCGCAGCCAACACCAAUCGCUAUCCCCUGCCGAGCGCCGCCCGCUUGCUGGACAAACUUAAGGCGGACAUGUGCCACACCGCGGAACGCCGGUCGACCAUCGUCGCAGCGCUGCUCAGCGGCUUUUCCAUCCGGCGGCGCGCCCUCAUCAUGUGCGGCGCCUCCUUUUCCAACACGUUCGCGCUGUACGUCGUUGUCUUCACCAAGCAACAGCGGAGCACGCCGUGGGUGCCGUACAUCGCGUUCUUCUUCAACUUAGCGGGAUACGCGGCUAUGCACCUGCUCAUCAGGAAGGUCACCAUGCUCACCGUGAUCACCACGCUGUUCGCGGCGCUCUGUGUGGUCCAGUGCCUGCUGAUCCUGAGCGUCGUCGCCGCCACGGAAUCGAGCGUCGUCAUCGAGGCACUGGCUGAGGUGCAGAUAGCCCUGUACUACUCCGGCGGCAUCGUCUCCUUCGUCUACGUCCUGGAGCUUUUCCCGACGGCCAUGCGUGCCACCGCCAUCGGCUGGGCGUUCGCCUGCGGCCGCCUCGGAGCGGGCUGCGCCCUUCUCUCCCUGCUGCUGAAAAACGCGGGCCGAGAACAAUGGGCCCUUCUCGCGGCGGAGCUCUUCCUGUUCGUAUCGCUCAUGACGCUCCGCAGUCUGCCGCCCGCCACCUCGAUUGAGUGCACCAAGAUGGAAUCGAGGCGCACGUCGCUAGUGGCCAAGCAGAAUAUAGAGCGCAUGAAGAACACGCUCGCGACGCGAUCCGAAGGCAGCAAAAAGAGCAAGAGCAGCUCCGAAAGCGGCAAGUCAGUGUCCACCCUGCGCGGCAGUCGCCGCGCCAAGGCCAAGCAAUAG